UACAGCAGUAAUGCUUAAGCCGAAGAGCGUUUCACCAGGCACCAUUGUAACUAGAAACAUGACCGCGCGCGCCUGCGUGCUGCUUUUAUUAUGCGCGAACGCAUUCGCCCGCGAGUGUAUAGAGCUCACUUUAUCUGACCGAAAUUUACUAUCCGAUAGCAUAUUCAAUGGGACGAUACAAAAGUUGGGGGCGAGGAAUGAAAGUAAUGAUGAUAGUGCAAGGGUGGACCUCUUGGGGUUGUGGGAGAGGUUCCCGAAAGUGGUGGUGCCUUUGAACGGGACAAGCGAGCGGUGUCGACGGGAUGGACAGAUGUUUUUGGACGCUCUGGACCGCUUGGAACUGUGGGCCUUGAAAAUGUUAGACGCCACUGCCAAGCUACCCUCCGGGAUACUAAGCGGUAACGCGAAUCAAUAUGGUGACUUCGACGAAUGCCUCAGCAUCGACAGCGCGGUGCGAGGCAAAUACUGCCUCGCCUCACUUCAAGUGAACCUUGCUGCUAUGGGCCACGAGCGCCUGGACUAUAUGAUACACAGCGGCCAUUAUAUACGGAGCAAUGUUACUGAUAUGGGUCACCGAGUGCCAAGAUACUCCAGUCUUCUAUGGGGCGUGUGUAUACCAAGUUCCUGCAGCAGCUUCGACUUGGAAGAAGAGCUCUCCCAGAAGCUUGCUGGCCUCGGGAUAUCUGUGAAGGUCCAAAACACCAUGUGCACUGUGAAAGACUUCAAACGACCGUAUUCCUUUGGAAAAUCUUUGGCUAUAGCAUUCUUCCUAGCCAUACUAAUCCUGCUCGGUCUGGGCACGAUCCUGGACGACGGAAAGGAAGGUGCCACGAAUUUCGAGAAGUUACUAAACGCAUUCUCCCUUAAACGGAAUCUGAAGAAAGUUUUCGACUUAAGCGACUCGCCUACAAGGGUGAAGGGGGUGGAUGCGUUUCGGGGGAUGAACGCGUUUGCUCUACUGCUCGCGCACAAGUCUAUGGCUAUGGCACACAGCCCUUAUGUUAAUAAGACUAGCUACUCUGAGGUAUUCGGUAUGCCCUGGGCGGUGAUUGGUCGAUCAGCGAUUGUAUACACUGACAGUUUCUUGUAUCUCAGCGGUUUCCUCAACGCACACAACCUUCUUCAGGACUUGGAAAAGAAAGGAACUAUUGACUUAAAGAAUAGACUUCUAGCGAGAUGGUUCAGGCUUUUCCCUCUCUUCCUGAGUCUAAUGUUAUUCUGUACAUACGUCCUCCCGGACCUCAACAACGGUCCUCAAUGGAACCUUGUGGUGGAGGAACAUAGCCGAGUCUGUGAAAAGAAUAUGUGGAAGAGCUUCCUGUUUAUUCAUAAUUACUUUGGCUUUGAAGAAAUGUGUUUAACCCACACUCACCAACUGGGUAUCGACAUGCAACUGUACGUGGGUACAUUCCCCUUGAUGCUAAUUCUCUGGAAGUUCAAAAGACUAGGUCUAGCUCUUAUACUGGGUAUAGCUGUAUCUUCCACUAUACUGCGGUAUUUGGCUACGCAUUGGUAUGACAUCAGUAUGUUCGUGUACUAUGGGAUCUCGGUAUCAAAGUUAUUAGACGCAGCAAGAUAUUCCUACAUCCUACCAACACACCGCGCUACUAUUUACCUCAUUGGAGUGUUGAUGGCGUACUUCAUUAAAAACAACAAAUCACGCGUUAAACUCAGUGAUAACCAAGCCAGACUAGUCUGGUGCGUAAGUUUCGGUAUAGCCGCGUUCACGAUAGCCAGUCCGUACAGGAUGGGUCUCGAAGGCUACAAGUACGAGCACUUCCCGGCGGCCAUGUUUGCUGCGUUCGCGCCUAUUCUGUGGGGACUGUUCAUGAGUAUCGCGCAUUGGGCUAUUUGUAAUGAUUAUGCAGGAAUCGGAACAGCAUUCGUAGAGUCGCGAGUGUUCAAGUUCUUCAACAAGAUCGCAUACGGCGUGUAUCUCACGCAGUUCCCGAUAUUCUUCUAUAACGUUGGUGUGCAGAGACAUGCCGAGUAUUAUACGCCUUUCUUACUUGUCCACGUCCCAGAGAUGGCGGUAGUGUUGAUUAUUUCCAUUCUCGCCACGGUCGCUAUUGAGAUGCCUUUCAACCAAGUCUAUAGGAUAUAUUUCGGAAAAUCACAGACGAAAUUAAAAGAAAAGUGAAGUAUUAGAAGUGGCAAGAGAGCGAACUGACUGUAUUAUAUUUAGCUUAAGCCAAAACAUCACGUACUUAGAUUGUAUUUUUGUCUAUUUUUAUACUGUUAAUGUAAGUUAUUGUAAGUUAAUAAAUGAGUGAGUUUUA